AUGGAGAAGCAGCCCGGCGGCGAGGACGACUGCGUGGACUCGGGAGCCGAGACGGGCGGGGGGAGGAAGGCCCUAAGAGGCCGUGGGCUUCGAGUUCGAGCUGCAAAGCGCCUUGUGCCGCCUCAGCGGUGGGGCCCGGGGCUGUGGGCACCUCGGUGGGGGGCUUGGUGCCGCAGCGUCCCAGUAUCCCGGGAUAACUGGUGCUGGGGAGAGUCUGGAAGCGUGCCCAGCUACCUGCGCUGUCCUUGUCCGGACAGCAGCAGGCAGGCUGAGCUGACCAUCCUUAGAAGGGCCAUCAGAGAGGCACCCCAAGAGCAGGGUGAACUUUCUGUGGAAGGCAUACAAGACCCAUUCCUUGUUAGUGUACAUAUUAUCACAGACCCAGGUGAAUCCAAGACUCUUCAGCAAGCCAUCGAUAAGCUUCUAGCCUGGAUCCAUCCAGACCUCCAGCUGUUUCGAGUCUCAGAAAGACGAGUGCCCAAGAAGCGCAGGAAGCCAGGUAAGGCUGGUGUUUCCCAGCCAGCCCUUGCCGUCAUUCUGUUUCUGCAGGAGGAAUAUGGAGAAGAACCAAUCUUGCAGCUCCACGAGACUUUUCAGCGGCCGCCUUGGCAUUACCACCACACAGAGCAAGUGCAUGGGAAGUUCCUCCCUUACAUGCCAUGCAGCCAGGACUUUUACACUUUGGCUCCAGAGACUCCUCUGUGGGCCAUUCGCCCAGUGCACUACGGGAAAGAAAUUAUCCGCUUCACUAUAUACUGCAGGAAUGAAAACUUUGUUGACAUUUUGAAGUUGUACGAGUUAAUACUGAAAAGACCAGUAUGUCAGAAAAAAACAGACUUUUGUGUUUUUCCUGUCUAUUCUAACAUGGAAAUAGACAUUCAGUUUUCUUUAAAAAAACUUCCGAAGGGCCAGGCGCCAAUCCCGACAGAGUCAGCAGUGCUGGAGUUCAGAGUAAAAGAUGUGGGGCAGCUUGUGCCUCUCUUGCCCAACCCUUGCAGCCCUAUCAGUGAAGGCAGGUGGCAGACGGAAGACCAUGAUGGAAAUAGGAUCCUUUUGCAGCAAACACGCAGUUGGUGUAGGAAGACUGCAAAGCAGAACAAGCAACCAUAUCCAUCUGUGUCAACAGAUUCCCACUUCACCACUCUGCCAGCCUUUCUUCCUCAGAGCCACCGAUCUGUACCUGAACAACCAAAAGAAAUGGGUCAAAACAAGGUACAUCACACAAACGGCCUUGGUCAUUAUCUUGGUUUCUCCCAGCAGGACUUGAGACGCAGUGAUCGAGGAGACUUCACACGCAGAUCUAGCAGUGCCUCCAGCAUUUCGUGGUCAUUUCAGCGAAGCAAGUCUCUGUUCUGCUUGCCCACAGUGAACUGCUCCUCAGCCUCAGAGAUUUUUCAUUUCAGUGAACCAUUUCAGUUUUUAAAUACUGGCUCACCUGCAACCAGGUUAAAAACAUGGAGAUGCAGCCCCAGGCUUAACAUUGACGACUUGGAGGGUGCACAGGAGACUGAUGUAGACACAGGGAUGAAGCUUUCCUUCUCAGACCUGUCCGUGGUCUCUGCAUACUCUGCCCUUAAUGGAUUUUGCAACGACCUGGAAGCCUCUCUUCCCCCACAGAAACGGACUCUCAGUAAGGCUAAAGAGGCAGCCACCAGUGGAAGGCCUGCAUCAGCCAUGUGCAAUACCUUUGAGUCAGCUGAUGGUUCACUGCCUUCUCUUUCUGAAAGGUCUUCCAGCUCAUUUGUGUCAGCAUCUCUCUCCAAGCAGCCCAAACAGUCCUCGAGAGCAGCUCCUUGUUCUCUGGAUGGUCAUGGUAGUGUUUGCCCAGCUUCACCAGCGAACGAAGAAGAGUUUUACAUCUGA